AACUGUACCCAGCACGCUGACAAUGUCAAUGGCCUUGUUUGUGUGCGUUAGCGCGCGCUACUUUUGCUUGUGUUCGCGUGCGUGCUGCUGAGUCAGGCACGACCACUCUCGGUUCAGUCCUCCCCUGCUCCCUUUAUCUCCCGGUUGUUCUUUGCCAGUGAGACUUUUGUUUUGUCCGCCGACGUCAUGUCGUCUUUCAUUUGCGGUGAGCGCCGAGCCGCGCGGAGCUGCCCUCUCCCCGUCGGUAAUUGUGUUUCCUGCGUCUGACAACUUGUUUCGUCUUUUAGCGCAUUGGUCGCCCAUGGGCGCUGCUGUUUACCCACUCUGCUGCUCCGCCGGUUGGGCUGUCCGGUGCGCCUCUGCGGUCGGUUCGGGACGGUAUCGAGAGCUCCGCUUUUAUGAAUGAAUAACGAGACGGGGAAAUGCGAAUGACUGUUGAACUCCCCUGCAACCGGGCUCCCGGGGGGCCAGCCACGGAUGAGAGGGAUUAACGGCGGAGCAGAGCCGCGGCUCAUUGCGGAAAAGCGAGCCUGACUGCAGACUGGCGUGAAAACGCACCGUGAGGGGGAAACGGGCUCCAUAGCGUAGAGCAGCGGAACAAAACCGCGGUUGACCACAAUGUCCAUCCACAUUGUGGCUCUAGGCAGCGAGUGUCCCGGAGGAGUCGGGCCUGGAGAGGAGAUCAUGGGCCAGGGGCAGCUGCAGGGAGGUCUGCUGUGGAGCUACUUGGGUCACGGAGCUCUGGUGGGACCCUGCGACCUGGAGGGCAGCAUGCACAAUCCAGCCUUCAUGGAGUACACCUCACGCGUCUUUGGAGAUGUAACAGUAGUGGUUCGGGAUUGUCCCAGCUGGGACUUGUUGGACAGCGACUGGGCCAGCGUACGGAAAGUUCUUGAGCAGGCAGACAUUCUGGUCAUUAAAUAUUCAGUAACGGACAAGCUGGCCUUCCAGCAGGUCAGGAACGGCUACGCCCCCAGGCUCCGCCCUCUUCUGAGGCAUUGGGGUGUGCCUGUGAUCCUUGUUGCUGUUGGAGCGCGGCUGAAUGAUGAAGGCCCUCCUUGUACGUGUCCAUUGUGUGCGUCUGACUGGAGCAGCUGUGUGCCUCACAGUGAAGGUCUGCAGCUGUCCCGGGACCUUGGGGCUACCUAUCUGGAGUUGCCGUCUCUCAACCACGUCUUUGUCGGCCGCUACUUUGGCAGUGUGCUAGAGUACUUCAUGAUUCAGUGUCUGAAACACAAAGCUAAAGAGAGGCCGGAGAAGAGGCGAGGAAAUAAAGUGAAUGAGCUUCGUCCUCCUCACUUAGAACAACCAGCUCGUCUUCCCCCUAUCCGGGUGGAGGAGUCCAGCUUCUCCCAGGACAUGCAGUGGCUGUUGGAGCGUGGUGUGCAGUUUGCCGAUGUGGCUUUUUACGCCGGGGAUUCUGGGAAAGAACUGGGGUGGGCACACGCAGCUGUACUGUGUGCUGUCAGCCCGUACUUCAGACAGCUGCUUCUGGGGCCUAAGACCAGGGAACGUCCACAGUCGCGGUGCGUUUGCAGAGAGCGGGAUGGAGGCCCCCAUUCGCUGCUUUCCACUUGGGAUGGCGGCAUUAUCGAUGACAUGCCACGAACAGAUGGACACGUGACAGGACGCCUCACUCGGCUAGUGGUGAAGGACCCCCUCCUGUGCAUGUGCUUGUGGGAGACUCUCAUGUUUAUUUACAGAGGAGCAUGGGAGUGGGAGCACCUCCAGGAGGCCCUGGAAGAAAAGCUGAAGAAUUCACUGGCUGUUGCUCAGCUUCUGGAGCGUAUACGAACCCUCAUUGGCAGAGACAGGGGCUCCAGAGACACACCAAGUGCACGGGCAGCUCAGCUGGGGCCCCAGACUCUCGUCAACCUCUUCAAUUCUCCUCUUUACUCUGAUGUCAUCUUCAUGGUGCAAGGUAGUGUAUUACCUGCACACCGGGCAGUGCUGGUGGCUCGUUGUGACGUGAUGGCGGCCAUGUUCAGUGGGAAGUACGCAGAAGCCCGGAGCAGAGUGGUUCCCAUCCACGGCGUCUCCUCAGAUACCUUCCUGUCCUUCCUGGAGUACCUCUACACUGACUCCUGCUGUCCUGCCAGUGUGCUGCAGGCCAUGGCUGUGCUGGUUUGUGCUGAGAUGUACCAGGUGAAACGGCUGCAGCAUCUAUGCGAAGUGUGCGUGUGUGCUUAUCUUCAGAGCAUGCCCAGUAGAGAGCUGGCAUCGACGGGUAUCAGCGUGGUCCGACUGCUGCGCCGAGCAAAGUGCCACAAUGCAGAGCAGCUCUAUGUUUGGCUCCUCCAUUUCAUCGCCAACAAUUACCUGAUCUUCAGUCAUAAACCCGACUUCCUGGAGCUCUCAGGUUAGUGACCUUUCAAACAAACGUCUCAUUUUAAGACAACUUUUACAGUUACAGUCUUAGAAAAAUACAAAUAUAACAGAUUACACAGUACAAAUAUAAUGGUGUUAUAAAAUGGCAGAAAGCAGGCUGCAAAGUUCAUGAGGCAUAGCCAUGUUGCCUAUCAGUUAGUUGGGGAUUAAAAUGCAAAUGGUUGCAUACAGCAGAAGUGAGAACACAACCAUGCAGUAUUACUUCAAGCCAAAUUAUUCAGAACUGCAUCACCUCUCAGUAACUGCAUUAAUUUUAAGUUGUCAAGUAUUUGCUCUCGUGAACAAUCCAAAACAAGACCAAGCCAAAAAUACUGGCCCCAAAGUGAUUAAAAACACAAUUACUGAAACAACAUACACCUUUGUGCACCACUGAUUCCCAGUUAGCCUCAGUUUAGACCUCUUGGCUGUGUUUAUUUGCUGUGAGAGUGUCCAGGAAAACAAAGUGGCAG